GGAAAGUGCUGCGCCAGGAAUACUCUCCAAAUCUCACAGUAUUACAGUCAGCUGUGAUGGCCAAGCUCCAGGGCUUUGAGUUCUGGAGUGACACCCUGAAGCAAGCGCGCUAUGUGGUGGCCCCCAUGGUGGACCAGAGCGAGCUGGCCUGGCGCUUGCUGAGCCGUCGGCACGGCGCUCAGCUCUGCUACACCCCCAUGCUCCACGCUCAGGUGUUUGUGCGUGAUGCCAACUACAGGAAAGAAAACCUCUACAAUGAAGUUUGUGAGGAAGACAGGCCUCUCAUUACACAGGUGAGGAUCCACACAGAUCAGAGGUUAGCCAAUGAAAAGCUCUCAGUGCCAAUCACGUGCAAGAUCCGAGUGUUCAAGGAGAUGGAGAAGACGAUCCGCUACGCCCAGAUGCUGGAGAAAGCCGGAUGUCAGCUGCUGACUGUGCACGGCAGAACCAAAGACCAGAAAGGAGCCAUGACAGGUAUCGCGAGCUGGGAACACAUCAAGGCAGUACGGAAGGCAGUAAAUAUUCCAGUGUUUGCUAACGGCAACAUCCAGCACCUGAGUGACGUGGAGCGCUGCAUUCAGGAAACAGGAGUUCAGGGAGUCAUGAGUGCAGAGGGAAACCUCCACAACCCAGCGCUGUUUGAGGGCCGCAGCCCCCCGGUGUGGGAGAUGGCUGAGGAGUAUCUGGAGGUGGUGAAGCUGUAUCCUCCGUGCACGCUGUCCUACGUACGAGCUCACCUCUUCAAGCUCUGGCAUCACACUCUGCAGAUCCACCAGGAUCUGAGGGAGGAGUUGGCCAAGGUGAAGACACUUGAGGGUUUGGCCGACGUCAGCAAACAGCUGAGGCUGCGCUGCCAGGAAGAGAUAGCCAAAGGAAAGGAUGCAGAAGAGAAGAAGGGUGACCUGCCUUUCCCCCACUGGAUCUGCCAGCCAUACGUCAGACCACCGCCAAAAGAGCCAGUCGCUAAUGGCAACAGCCAGGGGUCGGAGGUGAAGAAGACGGUGUGUCAGAAGAGGGCGCUGGAGGACUCUGACAGAACGGCUGACACGCUCUCCAAAAACAAGCAGAAGAAGAGAUCCCGCAACCCCAACAAGAACUUCUGUCCUGAGCAGAAACCCAAGUACAUCAAAUGUGAGCAGUGUGGCAACCCAAAGGGAAACAAAUGUGUCUUCAACCUGUGUCGAGGCUGCUGUAAGAAGAAGGCCUACAAAGAGGUGGCAGACUGUCCAAGCCACGGGCUGAGGUUCAAGACCAAGGCAGAGAAACGGAAAGCUGAGGAGGACGAGCAGAAGAAGGACGAGCAGAAGGAGGACGAGCUGACGGAGACGGAGAGAAGCAGCGGCUCUCCUCAGCCUCUCCCUGAUUCGAGUACAGAGCUGCAGGAGCAGUCCAAGGCUCAUCUACUGCUAUGAGCAGGACUUAGGCUAUCUCUACAUGCACAAGCCGUACCCCUGUUAAUACAGCUCUGUGCCGCUACACAUUAACGUCCCUGCUGGGUGCAAGUCAUUCUUCUGAUAACACAACAUCUGUGAAGCGUUUUGAUGCCAAAUGAUAAGGCACGGUCAUACGACGUUUCAGCCACGUUGGUCUGAAGAAUAGUGGAGCCCGUUUGUCUCAGCAAAGAUCGAGACACGGCUGUUGUGUGAACCUGCUAGGAUUUACUCAGCUGGGGGAUGAGGACUUGAAGGACAGGCUGUUGUGUGUAUUCAAGACAUAGAGCGAUGUAAUCAAAGUGUAUUUGAAGCUUCAUGGAGCCAACUAACCAGGUUUUUAUGUGCAUGCAGAGAUAGCCAGUGGUCAGUGAGGACAUACUGUAUAUACAGCUGCCAAAUAGCCUCAGCGUCUGCAGGAAGAGACUGCCUUCUCAGUGCAGACAUUGAUCAACAACCAAAACUGUAAAAGAUAUUCAGCAUAUUAUUUGUGUGAUGUGGACUUCGGGGACAACAGCUAACUGGGAGUGGACUUGUGAAAACGGAACAGUUCUCUUUUAAUUCUCUCAUUUUUAUUUUUUUUAUUUUUAAGACAAAAGAUUUCCAGAAGACGCGCUUCACACGUUCUUUUAGCAACAGUUGUUACCGAGUCAUCCGAGUGAAAAGAUUCACAAACUGCCUCAUCAAAACAUUUUGACACGUCAUAGCAGAAACGAUGGCUACAUUCCACCGAGGAGAGGCUCAUCUGUCGUGCAGGCUGAUUCACUGUCAUGGAUGUGAAUCGUUAAUGACAUUAGUUUGUGCUUUUCCUGCUGUGAUAAGUCAAAACGUUUGCUGUUGGAGAAAAUCCCCUUUCCGGACAUUUUAAUUCUUUCAUUCAGGGUCAUGGAUGUGGUUACAUUAGUUCAAGUAUUUAUUUUGGGUAAAGGGUUUGCCUGUAGUGCAUUGUAUGUGCCUUUUGACGAUAAAUACCACUGCCUAUCGAGACUUGAGCACACGAGAGGAACAAAGGGAGAGAAAGCGGUGCUCCAUCUGCUGCUGACAAAGACCUGCUCAGUGAAUACACAGUCCAAAAGAAGUGAUUUUAAAGGUGCUACCUGCCUGUGUAAUUGUGUGUACAGGGGGGGAAACAAGCAUUUACAUCUUGGGAAGGAUUUUUUGCCACCGUUUAGCCAGUUCAGAAUCUCAUAAAAUUAUCUCUGUUAGUUUUUAGUCUAGCUUGGCGCAAAGAUGGGUGUCUGUUCAUCUGAAGUGAGGAAAAAAGGGAAGACCCGAGUGGUGAGGACACACAUUAUCUGCUUUUUCCUAAUUUUGAUGGAUGCCAAAAGUUCCCUGUGAUUCUAGUCCUUGUGUUAAGCCAGACUAAAAAAAAAAAAAAAAAAAACUCCUUUACUGAAUGCACAGAUGAGUAAUUGUGAUGGAUGCUAUCAUCUGACUUCAAAUCCCUCUUUGCUCAUUGAUUAAACCAUAACAAAACUAAUCUCUGUGUAUUAAAGUCACAUAUACAUGUUUUCUGUUAA